AUGAGUGGACCAAUUAAUUAUAAUAAUUUAAAACAUCCAAAAAUAAGAUUAAGUACAAAAGGAUUAAAUACAAAAACAAUGACUUCAAAAUUAAAUACAGCAUCUAAAGAAAGUCAUUUAACGAAUAAAUCAAUUGAUAAAACAUUGAAGAUUAAACAUAUUAGAAAAAAUGAUACUAUUCUUAAAAGUCCAAGUGAUGUUAAAAGGUAUGGAAACGAAUUUUAUCAAGAUAUAAUCAAAAAUCUUGCAUACGAAUUAUUUCAUGAGCAUAAAACAAUACCUGAAGAUCAAAUAAAAGAAAGACUUAAAGAAAAAUUAAAUGCUGACGAAUAUUGUGCUAGUAUCCUUCAGAAAUCUGAAGAAAGAUGGAAGCAAAAUGCAAAUAUUAGAAAAGUAUAUAAAGAAUUGUAUGAUCGCAGUGACCUGGAUGAUGAUGAAUCCGAUACAUAUGUAUCUUUAAUUAUUAAAUCAGUUUUCACCAAUGGAAAAGAACGAACCACUUCAAAUGCUAUUUGGGAUUCGGAUGAUAAUGAAGAUGACGAAGAUAAUCAUGAAGAUAACGAAGAUAAUCAUGAAGAUAAUGAAGAUAAUCAUGAUUUCCAGGAAUAUUCACCCAACUUUCGCCUCAUGAUAAGACCGUUGACCAUAAUAGUAUGA